AUGACUCCAAUUAGAUGUAACAAGAAUAAAAAGGAUAAGAAUGUCUUGGUAACUCCUCCAUCCAGACCUCCCCGUAACCAAAAAUACCUAAAUGCGGGUCUAUUACGAGGAAAAACACCGAGUGAGGUAGCCUUAAUUAUCCGCGAACCUAGAGAACCAUGUGUUGAUUCCUUUGUAUCGUCUUCUUCAUCAUCUUUUGUUGUAUCUACAACCCCAAGCGAUGAAGAAUUAGAAGUCGCGGAACAUGAAGAAUUAGAAGUAGGUGAAUAUGAUGCUUAUGAUGAUGAGGAGAUGGUGAUCAAGAUUGAGGAAGAGGGGGAUCAAGGUAAUGAUGAGGAUGAGGAUGAAAAUGGUGGUGGUAGCAGUGAUGAAGAGGAUGAUGAGGAUGAUGGAAAUGGAGAAGUCAUAGAAUCUGAGAAAAGUCGCAUGUAUGCUGAGUACUGCCAACACAUUGAAAAUCCACAAGCAAAGAAAAUGUUCGCUGAUCUGGAAAAGCAAUGUAAGAGGACAAGGAGAACAGAUAUCCAACUAACACAAGAACGUGCUCAAAAGGGAUAUGGUGAUGUUCAAGGUAGUGGAGAAGAAGGUAGUUCUCAAAGGGGCAGUCCUGGACAAGGUCCUUCAAAGAAAAGUCGGACAUCAUCAAGUCAGGGAAGUCAGAGAGGUCGAGGCGGAGGUCGAGGUCGAGGUGGUUGUAGAGAGUGA